GGGUAUAUCUGGAACAACUGGUGUGGAACAUAUUAAACCUACCGCUACCCUCCUUCCUUGGAAUUCUACACCACGACUCAUACUGGCUUAACGACAUAACGCCAUAAGACGGGAUGUUUAUUCCCUUUAUCUCACGACUUUCUGGACGAAGUACGAAAUAUCGAAGAGCAGGUGGGGGUGGUGGGGGUGGCGGCGGCGGCGGACGAGGGGGUGGAGGAGGAGGUAGUAGUGGAGGUGGCAGUCGAGGAGGGGGUAGCAGCAGUGGGGGAAGCCGAGGUGGAGGCAGCAGUAGUGGGGGGAGCCGAGGUGGAGGAAGUAGCGGAGGAAGUAGCGGAGGCAGCAGCGGAGGUAGUCGAGGCGGAAGUGGCGGAGCCGGCGGGGGGACACCGCCACGUACGCCUGUUUCUAUCGGUUCCGGCUCGGCUUCGGGUGGACGAACGUCCGCAACUUCGUAUGGGAACGGAGGUGGGAAGGUCAACACUAUUCCGUCUGGUCAGCCGUUCUCAGGUCGAACGCAAGGUGGAGGGGCACGAGGUGAUAUUUACGGAUCAAGGACUUACGGGAGUGGAUAUCCUGGUGUAUCUUCCCGAGGUGUUAAUAACCUCAAUUUCCCGUUUUACUUCUGGCCUGUGGUCUGGGGAUCUGCGGGUGCCGGUGGUGUCGCAUACUUGCAUGACUCAGAGUAUGGUGAACCAAACAAUAGUACGAGACCUGGUGGCCCACUCAGCGUCGUUCCCUACUCUUCCUCGACUGGAAACACAACUGUAUUCGUCAUCGCAGAUAACUCAACAAGCGUCGCACUCCGAACCGCCAUCACGACCAAUUGCUCCACCUCCCUCGCUUCAAAUAGCACAGGAAGCCAACUUUUACUUCAGUUCGACCCCACGAAUAGCUCGAUGCCCAAGCCGGAACAAGCGAUUCAGUAUUAUCGCGCAAGCAGCAUCGUACUUACACUUGAAGGGUAUAACGACACGACGGCACUGAAUGCGUCGGCUGGUCCAAAUGACACGCAUACUCCCCUUCCUUCCUGGGUGAACACCACAUAUUUGGAUUGCGUCAACCAGACUAUCGGAGUGGCAGCACCGCUUGUCGAUGGCGCUGUGCCAUUGCGCGAUAUCGGAGCUCUGCAUUUUAUUUGGCUUCUGCCGGUGAUUAUGUUGCAGCUGUUCCUCUAAGGAACAUGAGGCUGGAGCACGGUGGUAUCUAACGGUGGUAUCUAGCUUGAUGUCAUACCAUUCGUCCUACAAGUCGACGCAACUACACUUGCGCAUAUAUUCACCAGCUAUUCGUCCUCGCGAGUCGUUUUAUGAUUUUCCGUUGUUACGUAUUUUGAUGAUUGCUAACGUUUGACUUCGAGAAUGGGUCCUGGCUGGCUAGGUUAAUCCGUAAUUGUAUAUUUUAAUACUACGCUUCAGUAUUACUCGUCUAGUCAUAGUAUUUUGUAAUAUGUUUUGUGGAAUGUACUAUUUGGCAACAUUGCAUGUUGUCAUUUUUAGCUUUUGCU